AUGAUGUCCUUUGGAAGAGGAGCGAUGGCAGCCAUCAGGAAGAAGCUGGUGAUCGUGGGGGACGGCGCCUGCGGGAAGACGUGUCUGCUGCUCGUGUUCAGCAAGGACCAGUUCCCCGAGGUCUACGUGCCGACCGUGUUCGAGAACUACAUCGCCGACAUCGAGGUGGAUGGGAAGCAGGUGGAGCUGGCCCUGUGGGACACGGCAGGACAGGAGGACUACGACCGGCUGCGGCCCCUCUCCUACCCGGACACCGAUGUCAUCCUCAUGUGUUUUUCCAUCGACAGCCCCGAUAGCCUCG